AUGUGCGAGGUUGCGACCCUGACCGACAGCAAGCAGCAACCAUCGUCACCACUACUACUAGUCGGCAUCAUGGGGCAAACAUCGUCCUCCGGGACGGCGGCCAGCAAUAACAACAACAACAACCAUCAUCUGCAGCAUGGUGGCGCGGGCCGGAACGGGAAGAAGAUGUACCACCGGCACAGCUCGGUUCAACCGGCACUGGCCAGCAUCAGGCUGCUGAAGAAGGAGAAUUCGCUCACGGUCGGUGGAAGCGGGGCGAAACGGGACGCAGUGCUGCUGCAGAAGGCACGCACCGAAAGCCGCAACAUGGACCAGUACGGGCUACUGUUGGCGAAUGGGGGUGCUGCCGGUACGAACGGUACCGCGACGGCAACAUCCCCGGUGGCCGCACCGUCCUGCCCGAGUGAAGCAACCACGGCCAGCAACGAGCUGACGGCGCUACUCGCCACCGGCAGUGCGGCCGAGGUGGACCGUUCGUCGACCUCCGUUGCGGGCAACGGUGCUAGCAGCCGCGAGUUCUUCAAAUCGGGCGACGAUACAUACCACCGGACGGACUGUUGCUACUACCGCACGAUGGACAACGGUUACCACAAGCUACCCUCCGAUUCCUACCACAAAACGACCGAAGGAUGCUACGUGAAGAUGGCGGACGGGAGCUUCCGGCGGCUCGAUUGCGCACCGGGAAGUGCGACCGACGGGGAGGAGGACGGUUCGCCGGCGGUGCCAGCGGUGGCGGCCGCGCCGCCGGUCCAGUACCGCGUCCGCAACCCGAUGAUGAAGUUUCUCAAGCGCUCCAAGUCACACACACCUGCCACGAUAGCGCAGCUGCAGAAGGAGAAGGAGCAGCGAGAGCGGAAGGCUGCACCGCAGCACCACCGGCUCAGCACGAUCCAGUCGACCGAUGGCGCUGAGGGGGCGGGUCGUCAACAGGCGGCGGCUGCGGCUGCCGCACUCCUGCAGCAUGCCGGCCAUCACCAACACCAUCCAAAAUCUGUGCCAACUUCCGGACCGCUGCUAGUGUCGUCCACCUCGCAGCAACCGGUUCUGGCCACCGCCCAGUCGGGCCAGCCAGCGCAGCAGCAUUCCCAUUCGCACCAACACCAUGCGCAUCAUCAUCACCACCAUCACAACCAUGCCCACCCACCGUCCACCUCGUCGAUCGUGGAACAGCAGGCCCAGGGCAACCACGGUGCCGCCACCAAGCAGAGCGGCGGUGCGGCGCUGCCGAAUCAUCAAAACCGACGCGUCAUGGUGACGAUGAUCGAUGGUGGGCUGCCGGUGGUGGCCAAGAGCAAGCCCAUCCACGACAAACCGAAGAGUGCCAAAGCCCGCGUCCAGGAGGUGAAAAGGGAUAAGGGCUCACCAAAUAUGCAAAUGCGCGGUACACCCGCCCGAUGGCGAACCGGCGAGGAGCACAUCGGCAAGUACAAGCUGCUGAAAACGAUCGGCAAGGGUAACUUUGCGAAGGUGAAACUGGCGAAGCACGUCCCAACCAACAAGGAGGUCGCCAUCAAGAUUAUCGAUAAGACCCAGCUGAAUCCUUCCUCACUGCAGAAACUAUACCGAGAGGUGCGAAUAAUGAAAAUGCUCGAUCACCCGAACAUUGUGAAGCUGUUUCAGGUGAUCGAAACGGAGAAGACACUCUACCUGGUGAUGGAGUACGCGUCCGGUGGCGAGGUGUUUGACUAUCUGGUCGCACACGGCAAAAUGAAGGAAAAGGAGGCCCGCGCCAAGUUCCGACAGAUCGUGUCCGCCGUACAGUACUGCCAUCAGAAGCGAAUUAUACACAGAGAUUUGAAAGCGGAAAACCUGCUGCUCGAUAGUGAGAUGAACAUUAAGAUAGCGGACUUUGGUUUCUCGAAUGAGUUCACACCCGGUUCGAAGCUGGACACGUUCUGCGGCUCGCCCCCAUAUGCUGCGCCCGAACUGUUCCAAGGCCGCAAGUACGAUGGUCCGGAGGUGGACGUGUGGUCGCUUGGCGUCAUCCUCUACACCCUGGUCAGCGGUUCACUGCCAUUCGAUGGCGCCACCCUGAAGGAGCUGCGUGAGCGCGUCCUGCGGGGCAAGUACCGCAUUCCUUUCUACAUGUCUACCGACUGUGAGGUCCUGCUGAAGAAGUUCCUCGUCCUCAACCCAUCGAAGCGCGCCAACCUCGAAACGAUCAUGAAGGACAAAUGGAUGAACAUGGGCUAUGAGGACGAUGAGCUGAAGCCGUACGUCGAACCGUUGCCCGAUCUUAAAGAUCAGAAACGGAUAGGUAAGACGGAAGCGCUAGUCGCGAUGGGCUACAAUAGGCAAGAUAUUGAAGAUUCAUUGGCAAACACCAUGUACGAUGACGUAUUCGCCACUUAUCUACUGCUCGGAAGAAAAAGCACCGACUCCGAGUCGGACGGCUCCCGGUCCGGAUCGUCCCUGUCGUUACGUAACAUUGCCGGCAACGAGGGUGCCGCAGCCGGUAACUCCCAGGUGCAAAGCCCAACGCAUCGCGGCGUGCAUCGAAGCAUAUCCGCGUCCAGCACCAAACCAAGCCGGCGAGCCUCCAGCGGUGGCGAAACUCUGCAAAUCUUCCAACGCUUCAUUACAGGCGUCGGUCCAACGACGGCCGUGGCCGCAGCCGCAGCUGCCGCCGCUGUCGGAGCUGGUGGUGGUGGCGUGGGCGGCGGCGGUGGUGGCGGUGUCGUCGGCAAUAUUGCGGCUACAGGCGGUACCGGUACGGUGGUCGGCGGCGGUACCGGCGGUGGCGGUACGGCCGGUGUCACCGGCAACAGUGUUCACGCUGGAGCGAACAGCAACCACAGUUCAGGCACUGGCGGUAGUGGCGGCGGUGCAUCUGAAAGAACAUCGAUAAGCAGUAAUUUCAAGCGUCAAAAUACAAUCGACUCGGCGACGAUCAAGGAAAAUACGGCACGGUUGGCCGCACAGAAUCAGCGACCGGCAUCGAGCAUAACUAAACCGAUUACCUCGGUAGACAACUCAUCGAUCUCCAGCCCGGCGAAAGCGCGUACUACCAGCAGCAGUACGAGUACCAAGUACGACCCGAGCAACGGCUCCCGGACAGUAGGCCCCAGUGCCGGCCUAAUGCCCAGACGGUCCACGACGCUGUACGAGAAGACAUCGUCCACAGAAAAGACAAACUCCACCACGGAUCCAACUAGCAACAGUUUCGUCGCACCAAUACCCGAAUUCAACCGUGGCAACUCGGCAUCGGCGGCUACUGGUGGUGUGGGUAGUGGCGGCGGCGGAGGUGGUAGUGGGGUCGCCAAUAAUGGCAGCGCUAACACUACCGGCACGGGAACCACCGGUGCCACAACCGGAAGCACUACCGGCACCACUGGCACUACUGCCGGCAGUGGUGGUGUUAACGUUGGCGGUAUGGGUGGUGGAAACGGUGGUGGUGGUGGUAGCGUUGUAGGAGGCGGUGGUGGUGGCGGCACCGGUAAGGGACAUGUCAAGAGUGCAUCCGUCUCCAGUCCCGGUCCGUCAGCCGACAGUACUACCAAUAGUGCCGCCACGAACGAUCCCCUCAGACAAAGCAUGGUGAAUCGCAAUAGUCUUACACCAGCCGUUAAUUCUUCCAGACAACCGGUUGCAUUUCCCAGGAAUGUUCCAUCGCGAUCGACUUUCCAUUCGGGACAAACCAGAUCCCGAAACAGCACGGUAUACGCCGGAACGGGCGGUAAUGUCGGUGAUUCGCCACACUCUGGCAAGACUUUCUUGCAAAGACUUACUACCAGAUUUAGCAAACGGGACAAUUUGCGGCUGCCAUCCGAAAGGCCCAACGAUGGCCAAGCAAAUACUUCAACAAGUACGGCUAGUACGAACACGGAGGAACCGGUAAAGCCACGUGUGCUGCGCUUCACCUGGUCGAUGAAGACAACCUCCCCCAGGCUGCCGGACGAGAUAAUGGCCGAGAUUCGGUCCGUGCUGGACAAGAACAAUUGUGAUUAUGAGCAGCGAGAACGAUUCGUGCUGCUGUGCGUGCAUGGUGACCCAAACACGGACUCGCUAGUGCAGUGGGAAAUCGAAGUCUGCAAGCUUCCCCGGCUAUCGUUGAACGGUGUCCGGUUUAAGAGAAUAUCUGGCACCAGCAUCGGCUUUAAGAAUAUUGCGUCGAAGAUCGCGUACGAUCUACGCCUGUGA